AUGGCUACAUCCACUGCGGCAAGUUGGGCCGAUUUAUGGGAUCAAAUAGACAUUUUGGCUUCUCAUACGCAAAAAGGUAUUGAAAGUUUGGAAAAAUAUGGAAUGUUCUUGAAAGAAAGAGCUGCGAUUGAAGAUGAAUAUGCGGCUAGAUUAAGAGCUUUGGUGAAAAAAAAUUUGGGGAAGAAAAAAGAAGAUGAAGAAUCAGCCAAAGCUUAUACAUUUGUCAGUUCGUUUCACUCCAUCCUACACGAAGUUGAAAGUCUCGCUGGUCAACACGAGGUUAUUGCGGAAGGCCUACGAAAAGAUAUUCACCCGGCUUUAUUAACAAAAUGUGCUUCAUUUCGUGCAGCUCGCAAAAAUCAUCUUAAUGAGCUCCAUAUUAUUAAUGGUGUUCUGAAUGCUUCCAUCGAUAAUAUGUUCAAAUUUCAAAAGAAUUAUUGCAAGACAUUCAAAGAAGCUGAAGUGGCUCAUUUAAAGUACGAUAAAGCUGAGAAGAAUAUGGAUCUGUCGCGGGCAGAUUUGGAAAAAGCUAAAAAUAAUGCAGUGCAGAGGACACAAAUAUGUGAGGAUGCAAAACAAAAUUAUGCACAUGCAUUGCAAGCUGCAAAUCAACAACAGCAUCAACACUACAAUCAGCUGUUACCACAGAUACUGGAGCGUUUGAGAGCAGUCGACGAGGAGCGAAUUAGCGAAACAAAAUCACUGAUUUUACAAGGUAUCGAAGCUGAAACCAAAGUAAUGAAUAUAAUUCAACGAUGUUAUGAUGAUAUGAGAAAAGCUGCUGAGUCUAUAUCACCUUUGAACGAUAGUGCUAGUGUCGUUGAACAUUAUAGAUCGGGCUACGCACAUCCUGAACCUUUCACCUUCGAAGAUUUCGGCUCUCCAUCGGCAAUUAUCACCAGUGAAGGUACGAGUAGUGUGGAUACAAUGAAAAGGCCAACAAAAAAUGGUUCGAUGGUGCGAAUCAAUCGAAAACCGAGUAUGGGACUUUUUCGAGGCAGCAAUCAUUCAAGGAAGGAUGGUACGGUUGAUUUUCGUUCUUAUCCACCACAGCAAAGAUGUCGAAGAUUACAACACGAAAUUGAAAACAUUGAAAAAGAAAUUGCAAAAAACCAGCAAAGUCGUGAAGGUGCUGCGAAAAUGUUACAAGUUUACAAGGACAAUCCAAAAUUAGGUAAUGCAAGUGAUGUGGACUCGGAAAUUGUGAUUUAUGCUAAGAAAUGUGAAGUUCUGAAUCAGCAAUUAGCAAAAUAUAAAGCAAUGCUAUCAGAAGCGCAGACCGAACUGAAUAUACCGAUAUCAGUUGUCGGAUUGGAGGCUCCAAUGAGACCACCUCUUCCAUGUCAAUCAGGACUGAGUACGCCAUCGCAGUCUUCUCCACGUCAGAUGUCAACCCCGAAUACUGCAGUCAACAUUCAUCGUUCAUCUUACUCAGAAGAGUCAAUCUCUUCAGAUGGUUCAGUUCCCAUUGCUAAUCAUCGGAAAGCAAUUUCACCCGAACCAGCAAAAAAAGCGACAAUAGUAGAGAAAUCAGAAGUGUACGAAGAAUGCGAUAUGCCAGCGUUAGGCACUUGCACUGCAUUGUACGCAUUUGAAGGUGGUAGUGAGGGUACAAUGGCUAUGGAAGAAGGUGAUGAAAUGAUAUUGUUAGAACGAGACGAAGGAGAUGGUUGGACUCGAGUUAGGCAUGUUUCUUCGGCACGCGAAGGUUUUGUCCCUACGUCUUACUUGCAGUGUAGGUGGUACCCUGACUAG